AUGUCGUUGUGGACAGGCCUCCGUAUCAUCAUCUUUGCCUCGCAGCAAGGCAGCCAGUACAACACAGCCGCGGUGGUGCUCUGCAUCGAGACUGUCAAGCUCCUGCUCGCAGCGCAGAUGUUUGUGUCAAGGGAUGGGACGUUCAGCGAGCUGCUCGCCCAGCUGAGCAAGCAUCGGGCUCUCCUGGCAAAGUACUUUGUGCCAGCCUUCCUCUACUGCAUCUACAACAAUCUUACCUUUACCGUCUUGUCGGUUGUCAAUCCGUCGACUUACGCCAUUCUGCAGCAGCUUAGGCUGGUGGUCACGGGAUUGCUCUACGAGCGGUGCCUCUCCAGGCGGCUCUCACGGAUGCAGUGGAUCGCCAUUGUCCUUCUCACCAUCGGCUGUAUGGUCAAGGAGGCCGACCAGUUCUCAACCAGCAGUAGUGUCUCGACGCGGACCACGCCUGUGACUAUGUAUCUGUUUAUCCUGCUGCAGAUCGCAUGCGCUGUCGCUGCAGGCGUCUACAACGAGGUCCUGCUCAAGGAAGAGACCGGGACAAGCAUCAAUUUGCAGAACGUGUGCAUGUAUCUCAACUCGAUCGUGUGCAACGUUUUGUUUAUGGCCCUCGGCUUUGGCCCCCGCAACAUCCGCCCGCUCUUCUCCUUCUCGGUCUUCCCCAUCAUCCUCACCUACGCCUCCAUCGGCAUUGUCACCUCGAUCUUCCUCAAGCACCUCAACUCGGUCCUCAAGACCAUCGCCUCAGCCCUUGAGCUCUACGCCACCGCUGCCACCGCCCUCCUCCUCUUCGGCACUCCCAUCGAUGGCUUUACGGUCAUCUCGCUCAUUCUCGUCUCAGGCGGCGUCUACAUCUACUCGGCUUUCCCCCCGGAUCCUAGCCCGCCUACACUCUCGCAGCCUGCCCGAAACGACGACGAUGCCGACGCCGUCCUCACGGCCGGCAAGGGCGAGGUCUCGGUCUGA